AUGCAACCCUUCCUGGCGGCUGUACUGCGGCUGUGCGUCGGACUACUGAAGGUUUGGUUGAACCGUGUUUGGCUCAAGCUGAGUCCACCCUCGGCAAACACCUGUACCGUUACGAUAGGACCGGGUAAGGUGCGCGGUUUAACGCGUGUGACGCAGAGCGGUACACAUUACCAUCAAUUCAAGGGCAUUCCCUAUGCCGUGCCUCCCGUCGGUGAUCUACGCUUUAAGCCUCCCGUACCGCUGGAAACAUUCCAAAAGCCCGUGCUGGAGUGUUUCGUUGAGGGCAGCAAGUGUUUGCAGUACGAUCAGAUUCUUAACGUGCUGGUGGGAUCGGAGGGUGGUUUGUUUCUGAACGUUUACACGCCAAAAGUGAUCGGUGAAAACUCUUCCGGACUUCCCGUCAUGGUAUACCUUCACGGUGGAGGGUUCCUCAGUGGCAGUGGUGACUCGUUCCUGUACGAUCCAUGUUACUUUAUGGAGGAGGGAGUGGUGAUCGUCACGUUCAACUAUCGGCUCGGGCCGCUCGGAUUUCUAAGCUUCCCUGAGGCCGGUGUUGACGGAAAUGCUGGACUGAAAGAUCAGUUGUUGGUGUUACGGUGGAUCCAGCAGAACAUUGCCCCGUUCGGUGGUGAUCCGACCAAUGUUACACUGUUUGGAGAAAGUGCAGGUGCUAAGGCGGCCUAUCUGCACUAUCUUUCCCCUGUUUCCAGGAAGUACUUCCAUCGAGUGAUCUGUCAAAGUGGUGUCGCUUGUUCCGACUUCGCCCUGCAAGUCGAUCCAAGCGCAAAGGCACGCAAGCUAGCGAAGUGUAUGGGUUAUCACGGUUCCAAUGAUAGUGAAGCACUAGAUGUCCUCCUGAAAGCACCAGCAAAGGCACUAUUCAAACACCAACUAGAAACGCUAGCGGACGACGAACGCAAUCAAGAAUUACAGUUUCCAUUCCGUCCCGUCAUAGAAGGUGAUCGUCCCGGUGCUAUCGUCGUUCAACAUCCUCUAGACGCUCUGCAAACUGAACUCGAUCCUCCCAUUCCCUUGAUUACCGGGUGUAACAGUGGCGAAGGUAUGGUCGCACUGGUAAAAGCUCAGAGGCAUCUUAACGAAUACAAUCUCCAUCCGGAACGGUUACUGCCUCCGAUGCUGCACCUUCCACCAGGCGUCAACGCAAGUGAGCUGGGCAAAAAAGUCAAACAAUUCUACUUCCAAACACGUCCAAUCGGCGAUGUCACUCUGCCGGCGCUGAUGGACGUCCUUUCAGACAAUGAGUACAUCACCGCAACAAUAACCGCGGCCGAACUGGUGGCGAAAUAUCAACCAAAGGUGAAACAUUACUGUUACUACUUCACGCACGAUGGUCGGUUGGGCAAUAUUAAGCACCUGCUGAAUAUGGCUCACCUUCCGGGUGUCUGCCAUGGGGAUGAUGUGUUCUACAUGUUCCAUUCGGCCCUUAAUCCAACAUUGCCGGAAGACGCAGAUGAAACCUUCGUUCGUAAAGCGUUCGUGAGAAUGUGGUCCAAUUUCGCUCACCAAGGAAACCCUACGCCGGAAGGCGGUGACCGAUCAACCGGAUUAACACGAUGGGAUCCUGUAGAACCGUGCGGGAAGGAUUACUUCAGGUUGCGAUGUCUGCAGAUUGAUACGAGCUUGAAGAUGGUGCCGAAUCCAUUCCUAAAACGGACCACUUUUUGGAGAGAUCUGUUUCGGACGUACGGAUAUGGCUCAAGAAUGUUACCAGAGUGA